AUGUCCAAGCCCUCUUUUGUUCACUACACUACUGUCACCCGCGAUAUCGACGCCCCAAUCUGCGAAGUUUGGGGCCUCGUGGCAGGCUUCGGCGCCGAAAAGGCCUGGUACCCGGGCGCCAAGUCAGUAUCCCUUGAAGGGUUCGGACUGGGCAGCGUCCGCACUUUCAACUAUGUCUAUCCCGCGGGCAAGAACAAGGGUCAAGAAUAUACCUUUUCCGAGGAGCUCACAGCCUAUGACGCCUCCAAGCACUCUAUGACCUUUCAAGUCCGAAGACCUGACUAUCCGGACAUGAUCGCUUUUGGAACAACCGUUUUGGAUCAGCUCGCGUCAAACAAGACUCGAUUCCGCUGGAUCGCCGAGGGCUCUCCCUUACCAGAUGAAUAUAUGGCAGUUUUGCGCGAGGAUCUCAAUGAACGGUUCGAUGGACUUAUUGUCGCUAUUGCCAAUCAGCUAGUCUAG